CCUUAAUUUUUCCACCGAUCCUCGUAUCCUACCUAGCUUCCCAAAUUUCUUCCUCCCUAUCUCUUCUUCUCCUCCCUUUUUAAAUACACACGACUAUGAUUUAAUUACAGCAAUCUUUCAUGAUUCCACCCACCCCCAUAACCCCCCAAAAUCCCCUCCCUUUCAUGGACAAUCUCCCCUCCGAUAAUUCCAUUACAGCAACCAACGACGAUCCGACCGAUCUGCCGCCAGGUUUCCGAUUCCACCCGACCGACGAGGAGCUCAUAACUCACUACUUGUCCCAAAAAGUCCUCGACACCUCCUUCACCACCAAAGUCAUCGGCGACGUCGAUUUGAACAAGGUCGAGCCCUGGGAACUGCCCUGGAAGGCGAGUAUGGGAGAGAAGGAGUGGUACUUCUUCUGCUUGAAGGACCGGAAGUAUCCGACCGGGUCCAGGACGAACCGGGCGACGGCGGCCGGUUAUUGGAAAGCCACCGGAAAAGAUAAGGAGAUUUUUCAGGACAAAGUUCUUGUCGGAAUGAAAAAGACUCUUGUUUUUUACAAAGGGAGAGCUCCUAAAGGGGCCAAGACUAAUUGGGUAAUGCAUGAGUAUCGAUUCGAAGGAAAUUAUUCGAUUCGAUAUUCGAUUCAAAAUCCCGCCAAGGAAUGGGUGAUAUGCAGAGUGUUCAAGAAGAGUUCAGGAGGUAAGAAAGUCCAUAUAUCGUGUCUGAAACAGAGCAGCCGUCAGCCGCCGCCACCGUCGAUGCACGGCAAUGAUCGCGCGACGGCGUGCUUCUCGAAUUCGAUCGAUGAUCGUGUCGUCCAUGGGUUUGGUCCUUAUUGUUCGAAUAUGCAGCCGGCGGAUCGGCAAUCAACGAUGCUCCGGAUGCUUCUCGACGUCGGCGGAGGCGACAACGACGAUCGGAGAGAGGAUGACGUGGCGAAUUAUGGGAUUUUUGAGGAUUUUGGAGCAGGGCAGGUAGAUUACCAGAUGGAUUGUUUGUGGAAUUAUUAUUGAGUUCGAUAUAUAUAUAUAGUGUAUAAUUUUAGGUUAUGACAAUUGAGAUUUGUGUAAUUUGUAUGCAUGAUUGAGGUUGGGGUAACUUGUAUGUAUAUAUAUAUAUAUAUAUAUAGGUGGGUUUGUUUUUAAAGUUCGUAACUUUGUAAGGAAAUGAAAGGUUAGAUUAUAGUUGUAUUUCCAUAAUAAAUUUUUUUGGAUGUUUUGUUAUUAUUCAUUUACAUUUUUUUUCUAAA